AGGAUACUUACCAUGCUGUCCUCGACUGCAAUAUAUCUGUUUACAAUAGAUUGGGAAUUUAAGAGAGAAAAUAGUGGGUCUAUUUUCAUCACUCUAUGUGUCUAAGACAGUGCUUGCAAUAUCGCAAGUGCUGAGUAAAGGUUUCACUUGCAGGGGGACUUAACAGGACAGUCUUGUCCCCAGGGGACGUGUGGCAAUGUGUGGAGACACUUUCGCCUGCCACACCUGGAGAGGUGGGUGUGUAACCCACACGCUUCUGGCGUGUGUAGGUAGAGGCCAGGGAUGUUGCACAGGACAGCCUCCAGCGGCAAAGAUGUAUCUGGCCCAAAGCAUCCACCACGUAGAGGUUGGAAAACCCAGUUCUAAAUGGUCGAGCGAAUGACUUACAAAUCCAUCAAAUUAACUUCAGCAGAAGAUGAAAGUCCCCUUGAAGAAAAAUUAAACACUAAAAGCAUCCUGGCGUUCGGUGUUCUCGGUUAACGAAAUGUCCCAGACCGUAUCUUUGUGGCUCUUGACGGAAGAACCAGGCUGGUGGGAGAGGCAGACCACAAGGGGAAACCGCAAGGCUGUGUAACUUCCCAACCUUGACUAAGGUGUUAUUGCAUAGAAUUCAGUCGUGCAGCAGAAAGCAGGUGGUAACGCGUGCGUUCCUUGUCUGUUAAAGAGCCCGGGAAACGUUUUACGUUGUAUUUAACACGCAGGAGGAAACCAUCCCAGCCCUCCACAGAAUACACAGCUCCAGUCUUUUCUUCCAGAAGCUGGUAGCAACCCUGUCCGACACUAGGUCAGCAGGCAAGUAAAUGUGGGCAAGCUUCACUCGUGGCCCAGAAUGCUGAGGGGCGCUUGAUGGCCGGGCUCGCUCUUUCCGGUCUCCGGAUCAGGGGUCGGCAAGUUCCAGCCCGCGGGCCAGCAGUGGUUUGCAUCUUUUUAAGCGGUUAAAGCUAAACCAAAGGAAGAGUACUAUUCCAUGGCGCGCAAAAAGUAUAUUAAAUUCAAGUUUUGGUGUCCAUAAAGAAAGUUUCUUGAACCCAGUUAUGCGCACCUGUGUGCUAUUGCCUACUGUUGUCCGUCUGGCUGCUUUUGUGCCUGUUCAGAGACCGUGUGACCGUAUUUAUGACAAAGCCUAGGAUAUUUACCAUCUGACCCUUUAUGAGAAACAUUUGCCACUCCCUGCUCCACAGUUAAGGAGUGUAGCAAAUGGUGUUUCUGGGAGGUGGUCUGGACCGAGAACCCGCCCCAGGCUGGAUUCCCCGACACCCGGCCCUGCUGGGCACAUGACUGUCCCCCCUUCCCCCCACCCCGGGCUGGAGUGUCCUCAUGUGUGACAUGAGAGGGCUUUGCCAAAGGGUCUCUGGAGCCCUUCCAGUUCUUAACUGCCUGUGGCGUGUGGAGAUUCCAGUUUGUCUAGUGGUUCCCAGGUGGCCAGUGGGGUGAAUGCAGCACUCUUGUCUGGGACAAAGCGGCGGGGCCGGGGAGUCACAUUACCGCCCUCGGCAGCGAAACAGACACAGACCUGGAUCGCCACUGUGUCUAUGCGGAAUUGGAGCGGAAAAUUGGCACCGCGGAGUGUCCGGAGACCAACUUUGGGCCCCUCUCACGCGCCCUCGUUUUAUAGAUUAUGUCACUCAAUUCUUUUAACCCUGGAGAAGAAAGAAAUGGACGGCGCUUAUGAUCAGGGAAGGCUGUGCAAAGGAUCGUGGGCUGUCGACGUCCACACCGCAGCCCGGGCUCUGUCGCUACGGAACUAAGCUGGCCUGCUGCUAUGGCUGGAGAAGGAACAGCAGGGGAGGCUGUGAAGCUUUGUGUGAAGCCGGAUGCAAGUUCGGGGAGUGCGUGGGACCGAACAAAUGUAGAUGCUUCCCGGGAUACACCGGAAAGACGUGCAGUCAAGACGUGAAUGAGUGUGGACUAAAACCCCGGCCGUGCCAACACAGAUGUGUGAACACACACGGGAGCUACAAGUGCUUUUGCCUGAGCAGCCACGUGCUCAUGCCGGAUGCCACGUGUGCAAACUCCAGGACGUGUGCCAUGACAAGCUGCCAGUACAGCUGCGAAGACACAGAGGAAGGGCCUCGCUGUCUGUGUCCGUCCUCGGGGCUCCGCCUGGCGCCGAAUGGAAGAGUUUGUACAGAUAUCGACGAAUGUGCCUCUGGGAAAGCUGUCUGCCCUUACCAUCGAAGAUGCGUGAACACAUUUGGAAGCUACUACUGCAAAUGUCACGUUGGUUUUGAACUGAAAUAUGUCCGUGGCCGCUAUGACUGUGUAGAUAUAAACGAAUGUGCUGGGAAUACCCAUCCAUGCAGCCUCUAUGCCAACUGCCUCAAUACCCAAGGAUCCUUCAAGUGUGAAUGCAAGCAGGGAUACAGAGGCAAUGGCCUUCAGUGUUCCGUGAUCCCUGAAAAUUCUGUGAAGGAAGUCCUCACGGCCCCUGGUACCAUCAAAGACAGAAUCAAGAAGUUGCUGGCUCACAAAAACAGCAUGAAAAAGAAGACAAAAAUGAAAAAUGUCAUCACAGAACCUUCUGGAGCUCCUGCCCCUGAGGUCAACCUGCAGCCCCUCAACUCUGAAGAGAGUGUUUCCAGAGGUAGGAACUCUGAUGGAGGAAAAAACCGAAAUGAAGAGAGAAAGAAAGAGGGGCUCGAGGAAAAGAAGAGAAAGGAGAAAACCCUGAAGAACCACGUGGAGCGGGAGCAAAGCCUUCGAGGAGAUGUGUUUUCCCCGAAGGUGAACGCAGCGGGUGAAUUGGGUCUGGUUCUGGUCCAGAGAAAAGCUGUCACAUCCAGGCUGGAACACAAAGCAGAUUUAAAUAUCUCAGUUGACUGCAGCUUUGAGCACGGGGUCUGUGACUGGAAACAGGAUAUAGAAGACGACUUUGACUGGAAUCCUGCUGAUCGAGAUAAUGCCGUUGGCUACUAUAUGGCAGUUCCGGCCCUGGCAGGCCGUAAGAAGGACAUCGGCCGCCUGAAACUCCUGCUCCCGGACCUGCAGCCCCAGAGCAACUUCUGUCUGCUCUUUGAUUACCGGCUGGCCGGAGACAAAGUCGGGAAACUUCGAGUGUUUGUGAAAAGCAGUAACAACGCCCUGGCAUGGGAGGAGACCAGGAGCAAGGACGAAAGGUGGAAGACGGGGAAAAUUCAGUUGGAGCAAGGGAUCAGCACUACCAAAAGUAUCAUUUUUGAAGCAGAACGUGGCAGGGGAAAAGCCGGAGAAAUUGCAGUGGACGGCGUCUUUCUGGUUUCAGGCUUAUGUCCGGAUCGCCUUUUAUCUGUGCAUGGUUGAAGGUGACCGUGGUCUUUUGCAUCUUUAUAUUCGGCUUUUUAUGUCAGUUCUCUGUUUUCUGAUAUUACACCGUAGAUUCCCCCACUUUAGAAAUACAAACUGAAAAGUUGUAAUGUACCAACAGAAACAUUAUUGUCACACGCCUUUCUUGUAUAAGACGUGCCAAGAGUUGCUUUAAAUGUAGUGCCACUGUGCUUUUCGAAGUAUAAAAACAAACAACAACAACAAAGACUCC